AUUGAGAACACACCAUUUCUUUUUCCAAGAGAUCUUUACCUCUUACACGGAGAUUCUACAUCCUAAAACUGUUUUGAAUUUGGAUUGGUAGAAUGCCUAUCUCAGCUUUACAAACUUGCCUUCUACUAUUUAGCCUUUCAGGGUUAAUAGAUGAAGCUACCUGCAACUUUCCAAAGUCCAAGGAUACAUUUAAACUUGCUUCCAGAGACAUGGAUUUCCUAUCAAGAGCUAGAAGUGAUGCCACAAAGAGGUGGGCUGAUGAUGAACAAUUGACUAUCCUAUCCAAAAUUGAUCAUAAGGAGGUCAAGCCAGAACAACACCUUUCAGAAGAAUAUAAAUCUCAAGAAUUGGAUCGUGUUUUUGAUUCCUUUGAAAAGAUUUCUGCAUUAUUGCAAGAUGCAGAAAAUCAUUCUGAUUAUGCUACUUUUACUCCUAAUAAACUGUAUUCAGUCAUCUUCAAUUUGAGUGACAUAUUCUUUGAGCACCUUGCCCACUUAGCAAAGUACAACCUGAUUGAAGAGGACACUCUGAAAGAAUUCAUAAACAAUAGAAACCAUUUGAUGAUCAUCUACCACUAUCUGUCAGGAAGGUUUAUUCAAACCAAUGAUAUCACCUCAAUCAUUUUGAAUCAAGGACUGGAGUUUGGCCUAGAAGAAAUACCAUUCACUGAGGACAUAAAAGAUUUAUUUAAAUCACUUGGAGUUAAAACAUAUGGAAGAAAACCUUCCUUCAAAUACUUUCAUUUGACAAAGCAAUUUGAACACCUCACAACACCUGAAUCUCUAGGACUAGCAUUUGGUUUUGAACAGAACUUGAAACCUUUGGCACAAAAAUUAGUCACUCAACUUGACCAAAUUAAAUCAAAUUCAUUUGAAAUAUAUGAUCCCAUCCAGCAGAUCAUGUUUGCAAAGAUUUACCUUGGGAUGCUAAACUUCUUGAAGAGAACUGCCCCCAAUCAAAUGGAUCUGGAUCUGGAGAGAACAAAUUUUUAUGCUUAUCAUGGAUUCAAAGAACUCGAAGAAACAAUGGGAUAUUUUUCUGAUGCAUUGAAGUUAGUCUAUACCAAGUAUGUUAAUACAGUCCAAAGAAUAGCCAAGAAAAGGCUUGAAAACUCUACUCAAGACAAUUACAUGCCUAGCUUUACUUAUUUGACUAAAUUAGGAUCACAAACAACUGGGUCUCCAUAUAGUUGUAAAGCUAGGGAUGAUGAGGCUGGACUAUGUGCCGCACUUAAAAGAAGAUCCAAGUGGAUUUUUGAUGAGCUGUUAAAUUUAAAUGAAUCAGAAGAGGCCUCCAUUGAGCAAUUGGAGAAGAUUAGAGUCAAGAUGGAAUAUAUUCUCAAACAACCAGUGACAGAAGAAUAUUUGGAAAAAAAGAUGAAGAGUAUACCCCAAAUACCAGGAAGAAGAUUUUCAUAG